AUGAACCGGCAAACUCACAUCAUGAGAGGGGGAGGUGGAGCAAGAUCUUACAGCACUGCUUCAGCUAUUACUACAAGCAGCAACAGGGCUGGCUUUAGUUCGAUGUCUGUGGCACGAUCUGGAGGAGGUGGAGGGGGUUUUGGAAGGCUCAUUGGAGGAGGUAGUGGUGGCGGUUUUGGCAGCAGGAGUCUCUACAACCUUGGUGGUAGCAAGAGGAUAUCCGUUGGUGUUGGAAGCAGCUUCCGAACUGCUUUUGGGAGCGGAGCUGGUGGUGGCGGUGGUGGUGGUGGAGCUGGUGGUGGAUUUGGUCUCAGUGGUGGUGGAUAUGGCUUUGGUGGAGUGGGAUUUGGUAGUUGCCCACCCGGAGUGGGUACAAUCCAAGAAGUGACUGUCAACCAGAGUCUCCUCGCACCACUAAACCUGGAGAUAGAUCCAAACAUCCAUCAGGUGCGAAAAGAUGAGAAGGAACAAAUCAAGACCCUCAACAACAAGUUUGCGUCUUUCAUCGACAAGGUUCGCUUCCUGGAGCAGCAGAACAAGGUGCUUGAGACCAAAUGGACCCUACUGCAGGACCAGGGUCAGAAAAACAACUCAGGCAAAAACAACCUGGAGCCGCUCUUUGAGGCUUACAUCAACAACUUGAAACGGCAGUUGGCCAACCUGCUCAACGAGCGAGGACGCAUGGACGGGGAGCUGAAGAACAUGCAAGACCUCGUUGAGGAUUUCAAGAACAAAUACGAAGAAGAAAUCAACCGACGCACAUCAGCAGAGAAUGAAUUUGUGUUGCUGAAGAAGGAUGUGGAUGCCGCUUACAUGAACAAGGUGGAGCUGGAGGCCAAGGUGGACACCCUGACUGAUGAACUGAGUUUCCUUCGAGUCCUCUACGAAGCGGAGCUGGCUCAGCUCAGCGCACAAGUGUCCGACACCGCCGUCAUUCUGUCAAUGGACAACAACCGGGACCUGGACCUCAGCAGCAUCAUAGCUGAAGUCAAAGCUCAGUACGAAGACAUCGCUAACAGGAGCCGGGCCGAGGCGGAGGCUUGGUACCAAACCAAGUUCGAGGAGCUGCAGGCCACGGCUGGGAAGCACGGCGACGACCUGCGCAACACGAAGGGGGAAAUCUCUGAGCUCAACCGGCUGAUCCAGAGGAUCCGGUCAGAGAUAGAGAACACAAGGAACCAGUGCGCCACCCUGCAGACAGCCAUCGGAGACUCUGAGGAGCGUGGGGAGCUGGCCCUCAAGGAUGCCAAGGCCAAGAUGAUUGACCUGGAAGAUGCCUUGCAGAAAGCCAAAGCUGACAUGGCUCGGCAGCUCCGCGAGUACCAGGAGCUCAUGAACGUCAAACUGGCCCUGGACAUCGAGAUCGCGACCUACAGGAAGCUGCUGGAGGGGGAGGAGAGCAGGCUGAGUGGAGAGGGACUCAACCCCAUCAGCUACUCCGUCAUCAGCUCCAGCUCCAGCAUGGCUGGUGGAGCUGGGUUAGGAGGAGGAUUUGGUGGACUGAGCCUAAGUGGAGGAGGCGUUGGGAGCGGUUUAAGCCUUGGAGGUGGCGGUGGAGGCAGUUUUGGUCUUGGAGGAGGUGGUGGAAGCGGAUUCAGUCUCGGUGGAGGCGGCGGUGGUGGAGGCUACAGCUUUGGAAGCGGAGGAGGACUUGGACUCGGGGGUGGUGGUGGUCUCGGAGGUGGAUUUGGAGGAGGCAGUGGUCUUGUCUAUGGAGGAGGUGGCAGCAGCAGUCUGAGCACCAGUGGAGGGAAUUUCAGCUCUGGAAGCACAAAAGGCACCAACCCAGGUGUGAAAAUUGUCUCCAAAACCUCUUCCAGCAAAAAGAGCAUAAAAAGCCAAAGCCUGAAGAAUGCUACACAGCCCGAGUAA